UUAAUGGAGUAUAUCAAAACCAGGAGGACAACAGUUUCAAUUCUCCGCAGCUACAUUUAACGCUCUGUGUCCGGGUUAAUGAAUGAAUGAAUGAAGUAAUUAAUUAAUUAGGACACCGCUGGAUUUCCGUUGACGUGUUUGUGAACGUGAGCCUCUUGGUUUUUGCGGUUCACUCGCCAGUGGGUGAAGUUUGUGGGAAACACGUGCGAGAAGACUUCGAAACUUCCACUAGAAACCGGUUGUAAUGGAUGAAAGUGGGACCGAAGACUCAGAGUGGACCGAGGCAAACCUCCUGAAGCUUUUGGCCAGUAUUAAAUCCAGCAUCCUGGUCCCUGACAGAAUGCGAACGUACCACCAGGGCCUGAAGAAUAUGGACUGGAAUAAGGUGGCUUUUCCUCCUUUCUCUGCCGAGGCCUGCAAACAAAAGUGGAGCGACAUUUUGCAGAAACUGUCGAAGACUCGGACCCUCACAGAGCUCGUGGAUGUCGCCAAAGACGUUGUUUCCAAUCCCGUUAGGAACAAGAAGGUGCAUCCAGAUCUCCCGAAGAGACCCGGCCCUCCAAACGCCCUCUUCGUUGAGGAACAGAGGGCAGAGUAUCGGAUAAAGCACCCGAAGCUGAGCCAACAAACAGUGAUCACCAACCUAUCCAAGAAGUACAGCAAGCUCCCAGCUGAAGAAAAGGUUAAAUAUCAGGAGAAACAUAAAAAGGCAACCCGGGAAUACAAAGGAGCGAUGGAGGUGUUCGGUGAACGCUGUAAACGUAAACCUAAAAAACGCAGGACCAGCCAUCAGAAGAACGCCCAGGUUGGAGAGAGUACACAAGGCGUUCCUCCCAAGCCGGUUUUAAGCGGAUAUCAUCUAUUCUGCAAAGAGUAUCGUUCUUCCAGCAGCAUUCUUGAAGGGGGCAGUUCUUUAGCUGUGUGUGCCGAGCGAUGGCGAGCGAUGUCUGACCAAGAGAAGGAAAAGUACAACCAGUGUCAGAAACAGCUGCAGAGACAGUAUUUGGACGACAUGAAUAAAUACUUAAUGAAUUUUGGUAGGCAGAAGCAGCUGCAGAUCCUUAAGGCGAAUCGCAUCGCAAGACCUAUGAGCACACCUAAAAACCAAUUUCCUGGGGAGCCCAAGAUGCCCGAUGGAACUGGAAGGGGAAUUUUCUUCAAAAAACAGAUGCUACUUCUCAGUAAACGAAUCCCAAACUCGAGGGAACGCUUAAGCAUGGUCAACAAACUGUGGAUGAACCUCCCGCUGGUGGAGAAGCAACACUACAAAGACCAAGUAUCUGGAGCAAUUGCGCAAUACUCCAUGGCGCUUCAGAAGUGGUUUAAGACAUUACCAAAAGCAUGUCAGCGCCAAUAUCAGAGAAAAAAACCCACGAAAGACAAAUACCUUGAUCCCUGCCAGGUGACCGAUGAGUUUGAAGUAAGAGAACCACAUGAUUCUGCCUACAGACCAUCAGAUUCAGAGGAUGAACUCACUCAGGACAGCACCGACGAGGAGCUUGAUGAGGUGGAGGAGGAAGACGACGAGGUCAUCAGUUUUGAGUUGUAUUAACUGGUAAUGGGAUGGACAUGAGAUCGUCGCACAACUCUUGUAUCUAACUUUUGUCCACAUUGUGUGGUUGCCUUGUUGGCUGGAAAGUUGCCCCAAGUGCUCCGAUGUGCUGACUGGAUUACAGAGGGCCCAAGGGGACCACACAAGUUUGCUGUACUGUUUGGGAUUGUGCACCAAUGUGUACAUUUAGGGAGGGGAGGGGGGACUUGAUAUUGGGAUAACCUUGUAUUUUAAUGUUGUCAAAUGACUUUGCAAAUAAGCUUCAAAAUAUCAUCUACAACUCAGAUGUUCAGCAGAAAAAAACUAUUUAUCUAGGGACCCUAUUUUAAGGAGCUUAAAAUGAAGCCUGUCUUUUUUAUGCUUUGGAUAGCAUAGUAUAAAAAAAAUAGGAUUGCACUGCAAAUAUGAUUUAAGACCAGUGACAUUUUGCCCAGCUUUUGCUUAAAUGUUAUUGUGGUUCUAAUUUGGGCUGUAAAGGCAAAGACACUUUGUUCAGACAUUUUACAGGUUGUAAUUGUGAAUAAACAAGAAUGUAGCUUGUCACUUUUUUUUCUUCAUUUCUGUUUAUUAAAACUAAUCACGUCCAGUAAACAAAGGGGAUUCGUCUUAGAUUGUCUGAUGCAUUAAAGUUUUAACGAUGCGCAAAAUAAAAUUCGAAUGACUUGGAACAAUGUGCUAAUUAAAUACUGGAUUUCACGUGGUAACUACCGGUCUGAAGCGGGCCAGAAUAAUGAAACCGGUUUACAUCGUCAGUGCUGCAAAGGAAACGCUCGAUGCCACCUGGAAACUCGAGUAGCGAUCGAUUGCUGCUGUCUGAACUCUGGUGUAAAGAUGGACGCCUACCGAAAUAGGCUGUAAACGUCGGCGCUCACGCUAAGUCUCCGGCGGCGUUCUACGUGCACGUUGUGAGUACCCGCAUCGUCGUCUGGUGCGUGACCGCGCACGGAUCCAAAGGCUUUCGGUGCCGCCGUGCUGAUAAAACGCGUGUUUUUCCUGCAGCAGCCGCUGUUCUGGCCCGUGCCCGAUGCGCUACAGCAUGACCACAGCAGCGACGGCUCAUCUGGUAGUUCUGG